AAAAAGUUGUUUUAUUUGCUUCUGAAAUGAAUGUUGCCGCAUUCAAUUUCCAGGAGUGGAAUGCUAGGCUACUUAUGGAGCAGUCAUCUGCCAUCAAGUGCCCAUCAAUAUCUUAUCAUUUAGCGGGCACCAAGAAGAUCCAACAAGAACUUGCAAAACCUAAUGUACUUGAGAGGUUCCUUGAGAACAAAGAGGAUAUUGCCAAAGUUCGUGAAUGCUUUGCUGGCUUGUGGAGUUUGGACGAUUCAGAAAUUAUCAGGAAAGCAAUUGAACAACCUGAGUUGUUUGUGAUUAAGCCCCAAAGAGAAGGCGGAGGGAACAAUAUAUAUGGUGAUGAUGUGAGGGAAACCCUUCUAAGGUUGCAGAAGGAAGGAUCUGAAGAAGAUGCUGCUUACAUACUUAUGCAAAGGAUCUUCCCAACUGUAUCUCUUACAUAUUUGAUGCGUGAUGGCAUUUACCACAAAGAUCAUGCCAUAUCAGAACUUGGCAUAUACAGUGCUUACUUAAGGAACAAGGAGAAGGUGAUACUGAAUAACCAGUGUGGCUACUUGAUGCGAACCAAGUUAUCAUCAUCCAAUGAAGGUGGGGUUGCAGCAGGAUUUGCAGUCUUGGAUAGUAUAUAUUUGACAUGAAGAACCAAGCCUCUCUGUUAUGACCAAUGUCAAUUUACAAGUCAAAUCCAGUCUUCUUUAUUUGACUUCCAUACAGGACUACAGUCUAAGCAAUUUGUCCUUGCCAUUUGACUAGUAAUUUUGCAGCAGUUCCAUUAAAUACAUUGUAAAACCUCUGCCACCUUUUUUUUUUUUUU